AACAGCUUGGAAGUGGCUUUAGUGCCGUUGGUGCCGCUGUGAGGUUCGGCUCUUCUUAUCUGCGCUGCACUUUCUCUCUAUUCGAGUUUGGCUAGCAACAAAAAAGUUUCUCCAGCAGCAUCAUGGGAAUCAGAAAGAAGACCAGCAAAACUCCUCCAGUCCUGAGUCACGAGUUUGUUAUCCAGAACCAUGCAGAUAUUGUGUCGUGUGUGGCCAUGCUCUUCCUGUUGGGACUCAUGUUUGAGAUCACAUCUAAGAUUGCAGUUUUAUUCAUAACUGUGCAAUACAACGUCACGAUAUCAGCAAAUGAAGGUGCAGAGGAGACGCCAGUGAAUUACUUUCACCAUGGCCUGAAGGAUGUAGCCACAGUCUUCUUCUACGUGCUAGUGGCCAUCAUUAUGCAUGCCAUCAUCCAGGAGUACAUCCUCGAUAAAAUCAACAGGAAGAUGCACUUCUCCAAAACCAAGCACAGCAAGUUUAAUGAAUCGGGCCAGCUCAGUGCUUUCUACCUGUUUUCUUGUUUGUGGGGAGCCAGCAUUCUGGUUUCUGAAAAUAUCCUGUCGAACCCGGUCAGUCUGUGGGAAGGCUACCCACACACACUGAUGCCGUUCCAGAUGAAGUUUUACUACAUCUGUCAGUUGGGUUACUGGUUCCACACUCUUCCUGAACUCUACUUCCAAAAGAUCAAAAAAGAGGAUAUUCCCCGCCAGCUGGUUUACAUCAGUCUGUAUGUGGUUCAUAUCGCAGGCGCUUACAUUCUCAAUCUGAACCGUCUGGGCGUGGUGCUGCUUGUCCUCCAUUAUUUCGUCGAGUUGCUCUUCCACGUGUCUCGUAUCUUUUACUUCAGUAACGAGGAGAGACAAGCAGGGUUCUCAGUGUGGGCUGUCCUGUUCGUCCUGGCCCGAUUGUUGACUCUGUCUCUGUCCGUCCUUACUGUGGGGUUCGGUUUAGCCGGAUCUGAACGCCAGGGCCUCGACUUGGAUGAGGGAAACUACAACGUGCUGUUUAUCAGAGUGACCGUCCUGGCUGCCAUCUGUAUCACUCAGGCCUUCAUGAUGUGGAAAUUCAUCAACUUUCAGCUACGGCGGUGGAGAGAACAAGCUCAGACUCUGUCCAUAAAAAAGAAAUCCUCCUCCUCAAAGGGAAAGUCCAGGAAAGCCAACGGCGUAAACGGAUCCCUGAGUGCCAACGGAGCGGAUUCUCCCAGAGCCAGGAAGGACAAAUCAUCCUAAACAGAUCCUGCUGUUAAUUCCUUUUUUCUCUCUUUAUCUUUGUUUCGCGCUCUCUCUCCUGCUUGAUCAUUCCCAGCUCUGCACUUCAAUCUUGCUUUUUUUAAUUGCAUUGCACUGCACAUGAUGAGCAUUUCCCAGCUUUCAUACACCUGAUUACAUUCACCAGUAAGCAUGUGCCAAUAUUAUACUUUGCUGGAACAUUUCUGCUAGUCAGAAAAUCAGUAAGCUACAGUAGAUGCGUAUAGGGAAAGCUGGGAAAUGUGCCGUGCACCAGCUCAGGAACUGCCCUAUAGGCUUUUGUGCGCAAUAGGGAGGCUACUUCAUAACAAAGUGCCCUUUUUAAAGCAGGGUACUGAAUACUGUAUUGCACAGAGCGGUCUGUGUUCAUCACAGGAAGUUGGAUUCUUUUCUUCAUUCUUUCUUGUUGUUCCUUUUUGGUUUUUUUUAUUACUUUCUCUGCCUCUCUGACUGAAAGGGUCCAAAAGCUGCACGCUUUAUGCUGCAUUCUUCAUUUCCCAGGAAUCAUCUGUGCCAGUGCAAAAGGCCAAUAAACACUUCAAGUGCCUGACUAUACCAAAUUUGUAUGGACAUAUAAACAGGUUUAAAAAAUGUGUUAAAAAGUGUGAAUGGUCUGUCAAGUUUUCAAGGCCAACAGUGUAAGUGUUUGUGUGUUUGCGUUUUGUCAAUUUAUUGUUUGCAUUUGCUUAAUUUGUCAUUAUAGUAGUAAUUUGCCACAAUUUUGACCGUUGUAACAUUUUAGAAAGUAUGUUUAAUUUUAUGCCUUCAGUCCUUAUUUGCACUGCAGUGCUGCAUAAGUGAACAGAGGAGCAUGGUUUGGAUCUAGGAAAGUAAUUUGUAAUAAAAAUGUGAUUUAAAAUACAUUGCGAUAGUUUGAUAGAUCUCCACUAUCAUUUUCUUGAGAAUUUAUUUUGUUUUACAAAAAUCCAAACACAUUCAAUAAAAUACAAAUUGGAACAGUUA